UCCAAAUGGCAAGUCGUAGAACUGUGAUAUAAUUUUAAUCGUGUAAUUUUAAUCAAGCGUCGUUUUGUUAAAAAAGGGAAAAUAAACAGAUUCGUUUAACAUUAGUGCAAUAAAUUCAAAGACUGUUUUGUGUUUUCAACCAAUGUGCAUAAUUCAAUACAAGAAUUGAUUCACAAAGUUUUUUCCAUGUAGCAGAAAAAUUGGUUUUUCUCUCUCUUGCUUGAUUUUAUUGAUUGUCAAAUGUGAGGAAAAAAGAGGUCUUUUGGAUUAUUUUGCACCUCAUGCUCGGUGAAAAGUUCGCACGGCGACUACAGCAGAGCUGAGGACGUUUCCUGUUCACGAGGAAGAAAAAAUUUGGUGAAGGAAAAUAAAAGACGAAGAAGGUGGAUAAAAAAUGCAAUUACAUGUUGAGAAACCAGUGCAAGAUUGUACAGUUGAAUGCAAAAGUAUCUCUAAAUCUUGGUGAAGUGGGAAGAUUGUGGAUAAAAGUGAAUAUUGUGUGCUGCAGAAGAUGCCUACAUCGACUACAACUAUGAGCAAUGCACAGCAUUCUAGUGAUGAGAGCAGUAUUCUAAUUACAUCAAGUGCUGUAGUAUCAUCACCUGUUACAACAGUGGAAUCCAAUAUUGGGUGCAUACCAAACGUCUUAUCAGACGACAUUGCACAGCAUCAGGAUGCCACAUCUUCUAAUCCAUUGUCAAGCUCACCCACACCCGGCGGUGUACUUGAGGACUCAUCUACACCAUCAAUUUCUCUGCUGAACGGCGGAACAUUGCGCGCAUCUAACAUAAUUACAACAUCGUCUGGAGGCAGUGCUCACAGUAACCCAUCCAUGAUGAGUGCCACUGCAAAUUCCGUGAUCAACUUUGCACCGCAUCAGCAGCAGGACGAGGGGAGCUCAAACCUAUGGCCAACAGGUGCCGAGGACAUGGCAGUUCCCUCAAGCCAUAUAUCGGUGAAUGGUUUUAGUAGUGGCUUUCAGAACUACUCCGCCGCUCCGCUCUUCAAUGGUGGUGCGUCUGUGGCCGUAGCGCCGAACCACCAGCAUCCCCGAAGAGCCAUAACAGCGUCACACACUGGCAACGGCAGUGGCACGAACCUCGUGAGCGGCUAUUCGCAGCACCAUGGACUAUCGCCCACUGCCAUCGGACGGAAUUCGUCGAUGCAACACCAGCAGAGCAACAUGUCGGGAGGUCAGCAGCAGAAUCACCAUCAAAAUCUCUUCAAAAACUCCUACCCGGCAUGGUCCAAUCCUCCGCCAUCUAUCGCCUGGCCGCUGCAGAGCAAUCAGAACCACCAGGCAGCGACGCUGGGGAAUUGGAAUCGUGGGCGCUCGGUGCCCAAUCUCAACCCCCUGUCCACAGGAUUGCAGCAGACGCGCAAGCCGACGUCGCCCAAUCCACCCUGCCAUUCGCCCUUCGGGUCGCUGAUCAACUCGGGGGCGCAGGGUGGCAUGACCGGGCAGAACUCUUCAAUAUCGCCCAUGAAGUAUCGCCGGAGCACUUCAUUUCCGGGAAAAGUCUCCGUUGGUCCACUAGAAAUUAGCAAUAUCGACGAUGCCCGUGACUCAUUUAUGGCAUAUCAGGAACGUGGCUUGGGAAAUGGUUUGGAUAUGAGAACUCUGGAGCACUGUCUCAGCGAUAUUAUGAGAGGCGUAGCAGAUUGUGGAUCAUCUGAACAUUUUAAAGGUUUCCAGGGGAGCAACAUCAACUCUUUGCAAUCAAUGGCACAAUUACACGGGAAACCGUUUUUCCAGGGAAUCGACGACCAUAUUCCGGAAGAAGCUGGUGGAUUCGUGGACAAUAAUGUUAUGCCGAUGAACUCCCCAACACGCUCAUCGCCCCAUUCGCAAAACUCCGAGAGUGUUGAGCGCUUCUCGCGCAAAGUCUUCGUCGGAGGGCUGCCGCCAGAUAUCGAUGAAGAUGAGAUAACGUCCUCAUUCCGACGCUUCGGCCCGCUGGUCGUCGAUUGGCCGCACAAAGCUGAAUCCAAGUCAUACUUCCCACCGAAGGGCUAUGCUUUCCUACUGUUCCAGGACGAGAGCAGCGUUCAGCAAUUGAUUGAGGCUUGCAUCACGGAUGAGGAUAAGUUGUACUUGUGCGUGUCAUCGCCAACAAUAAAGGACAAGCCGGUGCAAAUUCGCCCAUGGCGUUUGUCCGAUGCGGACUUCGUGCUAAAUGCAUCCAUGCCAUUGGACCCGAGGAAGACGGUGUUUGUGGGCGGUGUGCCGCGACCCCUGAAAGCAUUUGAAUUGGCGAUGAUAAUGGAUCGACUGUAUGGAGGCGUUUGCUAUGCAGGCAUUGACACUGAUCCGGAAUUGAAAUAUCCAAAGGGAGCCGGUCGAGUAGCAUUUGCGAAUCAGCAGAGCUACAUUGCGGCCAUCUCAGCCAGAUUUGUCCAGCUUCAGCACGGAGAUAUUGACAAACGCGUCGAGGUGAAGCCUUAUGUUCUCGAUGACCAGAUGUGUGACGAGUGCCAGGGUCAGCUGUGCGGAGGCAAGUUCGCGCCAUUCUUCUGUGCGAACGUCACAUGCCUACAGUACUAUUGCGAGCAAUGUUGGGCCACCAUUCACUCAAAAACGGGCCGUGAGUAUCACAAGCCAUUGGUGAAGGAGGGUGCCGAUCGACCGCGUGCAGUUCCGUUUCGCUGGUGUUAAAGGGACGGCACAGAAUUGGAGAAGAUAAAGGAAGAUAUAAUAUAUACUGUAACUUAAAGCCUUCCAAAAGGACAGGAAAGGCGUCUUAUUGCGUUAACUUUUUUAAAAAAACAAAUCUACUAUUGAUGUAAAAGGGCAGAUGAUAACAUAAAUGAAUUGGAAUCUAACUUCAGUAGUGAGGAAGUGUAAAAAUAAAUUGGAAGAAUUUGAAAUCUUGAUGACAAGAUGAGAUGAUGAAACAAAGAAAAAAUUCUUCCAUUAGUCAUCGGAUAAACUAUAUUUUUACGUAGUCAAAUCGAUUAGAUGAACUUUUAACAAUUUAUAAUAUUUUUAUCUAUUUAUAAAUUAAAUAUAAUAACGAGAGUAAUGCCUACACAAAAUUCAAAUAGCAUUGAAACAACAAAUUUUCAAUUUGUUGCAAUUUGUUUUAAAUAUGUAGUUUUGUUCUUGAAACAAUUUCUUUGAAAAUUGUUUUGUCUUGUGUUGCAAUUCCUGAGUAUUGUGCUAUUAACCAAAAUCAAAUUGAUGGAUCUUGUUGUUUCAUGUUAUAUUAGUGAGAAAAAACAAGCAGAAACAUAUAAAACAUUUAAGUCAAAUUUGUAUAGAGGAGUAUAAAAUGAAAAAAAUCAUAUGCGCGAAUUAGGAGUCCAAAAACAAACACAAUUUACAUAAGAAUUACCUAUGGUGAAACAAACAAAUUUUUAGGCAAAAAUUCUUUCACAAAAAAAACAUAACAUAUAUAAGAUAUAUUAAAAAUUGUAAAUCUAUAUGUAUAAAUAAUACCAAAAUUUUAAAAUUACACUAUCGUAAUGAAAUAUUUAAAUUUUUAUCAAUGAUCUAAUGCAACCAAUUUAUUUAAAAAUGAAAAUGCUAGAUAACCGAAUAAAUUGAUCUCUUCUUCAUGUACAUAUUAAUAUUAAAUGAAAGAAACAAAAGAAACAACUUUAUCAAAUUAUUUAUAUCCUUUUCAUUUUUGUAUUCAACUAUAAAUGCAGUGAAAAAAAUAUAUCCCGUAAAACACGUGAAAAUCUGUAUUAGUCAAAUUUAAAAAAAAAUAAUCAAAUGAUAUUUUAUAAAAAAAAGAAUGAGAGAAAGCGAAAUAGAAAAUUUUAGAUGUUCAUAAAAUAGAAAUUCGCUAAACCCAUGAGAGAAAAAACUUUGAAAAUUCUAAUAUUAUUUUUAUAAAUGUACUGAAAAUGUGUAUUUGAAUAUACAAUAUAAAAUAGUAAUCAAAUAUCGUUUAUACUUUUAUAUAUUUUUAUGAUGUAUAUAAUAUAUAAUUAUUUUUAUUACGUACCAACGGUGAAACCACAUUUUCGAAAACAAAAAUGAGAAAAGAGGAGUGUUUAUAAAUGAUGAAGUAAAAAGAACUAAAGUAAUUCGUUAUGCAGAGAAGGUGACAAAUGAAAGAAAGUAAAAGAAAUAUAUUUUUCCUUUCUCUAAAUGGAAGAAAAAAAAAACAACUUUUUAGAAACAUUUUGUUGUGUAAAUUUUAAGUAUUUUUAUUAUUCAUGAAAGAGGAUCUUGUCAAUAAGAUUGCAUCAUGUUUAUAAAACUUAGAAAAAUUUUCGUAACACGUGAAAUAAGGGAAGUAACAUUACAUCUUAUAACAGAUAUAAAAAAAAGUAAUUCCAUAUUAACUUCUUCUAGCCGAAAAACAGUGAAAAGUUAGUAAAGUGUUUGACAAGUGGAGAACAUUUUAGGAAUCGUCCUAUAUUUUCAUAAUUCUUAUUCACAUCGUUGCAAUAAUGUUUAACCAUGAGAUAACGAAGAAGAGAAAAAUAUUAAUCAAAUAAUUGCAUUGCAAAUGAAAAUGAAAGAAAAAAUACCAAAACAAGUAAGAAAAAUUUAGAACUUAUUCAUAAAUUACCAAGUAUUUUGAUGUUAAAGCCUUUUCUGAGAGAAAAAAGGAGGAAAGAAAGAUAACCAAAUAAUUUCUUUUUUUGAUUCUAUGCGCUCGUAUAAUUUUUAUCUUGUUGUGAAAAGGAAAAGGAUAAGUUUUGUACACACAAAAAAUACACACUGGUAAAUGAGGCGUCCUGAGGACAUCAGGAUUAAAAAAAAUUAGGCACGGCAUAGAAAAGUAGAUAAAAAUUAUAGGAGAACAUGAUAUAGUGAAAUUUUUCAGAAACCUAGUAAUAAUGAACUAAUAAUUAAAAUUAAUGGCGUAUAUUAUAAAAUGUAUAUCUAUAUCGUUAAUGAUAUUUCAGAAGAGGAGAACUAUUAAUUGAGUUUACUCGGAAAAGUUUACUGUUCGAGAGAAAGACAGAGGCGGGUGGUGAAUGAAAAUAUUAUUUCGAAUUUUCAGACAUCAAAAACAAACAAAAUAGUCAUAUUCAAGCAUUAGAUAAAUUUUUAAUAUUAAGAAAUUCUGUAAAAGAAAAUCUUCGAAAUGGUAUUUUCAACAAAAAAAACACAUAAGUAAUUUAAGUAAAUGGAGCUGUAUCUAUUUUUUGUUUAUUUUUGUUUUCUGUUUUUUUUUAAAUAUAAUUUUACAAAUAUAAUUUAUGUACUUACAAAAGAACACAACUGUGGGGUUGAACUAAGACGAUUUGGCGUGAAAAAGCGGAAUUUGAAGUUGAAGAAAUAUUUGAGAGAUAAAUUUAGGCCUUAUUUCAGGAAUGAAGAGGAUAUAAAAAUAAAAGAAAAAAUAUAACAAGAUAUAUUACUUUGAAGAUCAUAUUUGUUCAGCUUAGACAAAAUCAUGAUAUACAAAAAGGAAAAGAAUACGUGAAACACGAAUAUUUCGUAUGCGAGACUUUACACAAAGAAAUUUUUGUAUUGAAAUUUUUAUUUUGAGAAUAUAUAAGGCGUAAAUAAUUAUUAUUAAAAAAAUGAACAUAUCAGAUAUUUAAACUUCAAAUGAAAAUAAAUGCAAUGGAGAUGCCAUUUUUAUGUAAAUACCUAAUCAGUAUGUUUUUGGUUGAAGUACGAUGUGAGAAGUGGAGAUGGAAUGAGGAGGAAGAGAGCGGAAUGGAUACCAAAAAGUCAAACGAGGUGUUAAAAACAUCAUUACAAAUGUAACAAAAUGCGCGCAACUACCAAGAAGAACCUUUUCUGAGUGUUGAGCGUGAAAUGUGAAGAAGAGUAAGAAAAAAUAGUCUAAAUUGGUGUGAUAAUUUAAGACAUACACAAUUUGAAAUAAUAUAAUUUUGUCUUGUCUCAUAUAUUUACCAAUUACAAAUAUUUUUAUUGUUAUGUAACUUAUACCAACAAUAACUUAAAAUAAAUAAUGCAAAUAUUACACAUACAUAUAUUUUAGCUGACAAACUUUUAUAUUACAGUUGUUACCUAACAAAAUAUAUAGAAGAAACGUGAUGAUAAGCAGAAGUGGAGUAAAAUUUAAAAAAAAAAGUGAACAUGCAGUUUAAAAGUAAUUUCAGGUAUUUUAUUGGACACUGUCUCGAUAUUAUGAUCAUAAUUGAUGACAUUUGAAAGAGACCCCAAUUACCAUAGAUUGAUUUUGAAGAUAGCAAAAUGGAGGAGAUCAUGCGUGAAAUAAUCUAUGGAAAUUUUUGCACUCUGCAUUAUUCUCUAUAAUAAUAAUCAAGUUUUAAAUGAUAAUACUAAAUAAGAUGAUUGAGAAGUAUAAUACAAGCGGGUAGUCGUAUUCAUAGAGAUAUAUCGAAGGGUAAACAAAAUUUCUAAAUAACGACUUUUCAAAGGCCUACAGCUUUUCACAAACACACAAAUACACUUAUCCAAGAAAUUGUUCUUUAUGAAAAGAGAAAGAUCUUUGUGACAUCCCAAAAUUUUGAGUUUAUGUUUUUUUUUUUUAUUUCUCAUAUGCUUCUAGAUAUAUUUUCAAUGAAUUCUACACAUUUAGAGACUAUAUAUUUUAAAAUGAUGAAUAUGAGAAGUGCGAAGAGAAUUUUUGUAGAGAACCCAUGAAGAACACAGUGUUUGAUUUCUUUCACCAAAAAGAAGAAAAGAAUCACACGCAUACAAAAAUAUAUAGAGAAGAAAAAGACAAAAUCAAAGCAAAGGUGAAAAGCAAUAAUGUGUAAUUUUUGUACUAAGAUUUAUUCAAAAGAAAGAUAAUGAAAACAGAGUGGAAUGAUAUAGAGACAAUUUCAGUAAAAAUCCUAUGAAACACGAAAUAAGGAAACCAAAGUUAUAUAAACUAAAGCGUCACUAUAUAUUUUUUAAUUAUCCAUAGAGGAUUAAAACUUAAUGUUUUUGUACACAUUAGAAGUUAGUGAUAUGUGAAAAAUUUGCAAGCUUUUUCUUUUUUUCUGUAUCCAUUACUAAAGAUUUUUCUUUCAUUAAAUUCAGGGUCAACACUGAAAGAGAUAAAUCAAGAAUUUAUCUCUUGAAUCACUAAAACAAAAUACUUUUUCACUGAUUUAGAGCACAUUUUCUUUUCGGUCCUGCCAUAGAUUUGAGAUAGUACACAUUUGAGUAUAGUUCUUAGUUGAUUGAUCAGCUGUUAAUGUAGUUGAGCAUGGUGGAAAAAUUAAAUUUUUCUCCUGUUCAAAGACCCUGUUCCUAUUUAAAUAGGUUUAUUAGUUAGUUUUUAGAGUUGAUUCAACUAAAGAGUUCAGGAAAACACUUUUCUGGACUUGUCCAUUAUUUGAUUCAAAUCUAUGGCAAGGAAUCCGCCUAUAGAAAGAUGAUAAAGUGCAGUAUCAGUGGAAGAUAUUGUAUAAUUUAAAUGGAGUUAUAGAAUCUGUUUUCAAUCACCAUAAUUUUCUGUGGCAAAUAUGUAUCUACUGAUUUGUAAUUUAUAAUAAGGAUUGCGUCCUUGUUUUAUUUUCUAUUUUUUUGCAUAUUUAUAUAAAAAAUCAAUUGUUGAUGAUUUCAGUAUAUUUUUUUUAAAGAAACACAAAAAAAUGAAGAAAAAAAUUAUUUGGUGCCAUUUUUCACAAGAAAUUAAUCAUCUAUAUAAAAUACAAAAUAAUCGAUUGAUAUAAUUUAUUAGAUUGAGAGAAGUAAGCAGAAAAUACCCGAAACAUUUACCCAAUGUUUUUUGAAAGUAAUUUUUUUUUUAUUUAUAUGGUGGUAUUGUGUUACAAGUUUCACGAUUUUUUGUCCUUUUUUUUUGAUAAAUUAACUUUUGUUAUUAUUGCAAUUUUGAAUAUUUUAUUGAGCAAUUUGUUAUGUUAUUUUUAUGAAUUAUUUUGUAAUAAUUUAAGUUUCUGUAGAAUACAUUUUAUAAGAAUUAUAUUUGAAUAAAGAGACGUUUUGAAGUA